AUGAUUCGACUCGCUCUCACCCUGUUCUCCAUUUCACAACACUUGAUUUUCAAAUUCUUAUUCUGUGUGAGUGUUGUCGUUUUCUCCGUCUAUCGUCUUGUCAUUCAAUUCUAUAGAAAAUAUUUCCAUCAUCACCAACAUCACGAUCAUGACGGAAAGCAAACGUCAAAUCAUGCCAUCGUAUGGAACAAACUCAUUCGACACGCUGUGGUUCAAAAUUUAAAAUCGGUGACCUCUUUUCGACAAGCAUCGAGAAGAUACAUUCCAUUGUUGUAUCCACCACUUGAAGCUCCAUAUUUUGGAUGUGCCAGCAAGAUUGAAAAGAUUGACAGGUUGAGAAAUUCUUAUUGGAUCACCAUGAAGACACAUCAUCAUUUCGGUGCAUCGAAAGAUCAUUCUCCUCUCAACUCUACACAAAAAGUCAUGCUCUUCAUUCAUGGAGGUGGAUUCAUAAGCGGCCAUCCAAUCGGUCUCGAUGCUCAGUCUGUACUCUAUGCGAUCAAUGAUUUUAACAAGUCCAAUUCAUCCAUCAAAUGCAGUCAUGUGCUCUCUGUGGAAUAUCGAUUGAAUGAAGAUCCAAAACACUAUUCAACCAUGGAUAGAAAUAUAUUGUGUGAAACUUUGGAUGAUCAAGUUCAAGAUUGUUUCGAUUGUUUCAUGUAUCUUAUUGAGGAGUUGAAAAUUCCUGCCAAAGAUAUCAUUCUUGGAGGUUAUUCUGCAGGAGCGAACCAUUGCAUGAAUUUGGUCUUGCACAAAUUAUUGCCAAUGGUCUUGAAAAAAGACACUCUGAGAGAAAAUUUACAAGUUUGGCCCAUUCAUGCAGUUUCUCUCUUUUCAGCACCUUGUGACAUUUCUAAUACAAUUAUUAGCAAUGAUCAAUGGCGUCACGAGAAUGUUCUUGUGUUAACGAAGGGCAUGGUUGAUCUCAUUCACAUGUGUGUCUCAGUUCCAGAUAAAUUGAAAUAUUCCAUUCUCAAGAAUAUUAAGGAUAUGGAAGAGGAAUAUGGAGAUGAAUUUUGGGAUACCCUCCUUCAAACCAAACGAUGGAUCAUCAAUUACAGCAAUCACGAAGAAUUAACACCCGGAAAUGAAUAUCUUGUCGAUCUAUUCCGAAAGAAGAUUCAACAAUUUGAAUCCACACAUCCACACGUGGUUUGCAGCGUGGUGAAUGAGGAUCACCAAAUGCAUUGCUACACCACAGCAUAUGCUGUGUUACCUGAAGCCAAACGAUCCAUGAAGACCAUUAUGAAGUGUUGUUUUUAA